AUGGUGGUUGGUGUGGAGGGUGAUACCAUCACACUAUCCUGCAGCUACACUGGCUCUGUAAACAAUCUACAGUGGUAUCGUCAGUAUCCCAGGUCUAAACCAGAGUUCCUGAUUCUCAUCACUAAAUCAGGAUAUGUCCAGAAACCUGUCCCUCCUCGUAUGUCAGCUCAGGUUCAUACCGACCGUGUGGAUCUAGAGAUAUCUUCUGCUGAAGUGCCAGAUUCUGCUCUGUACUACUGUGCCCUGGAGCCCACAGUGAGAGGAAACCCAGACACACUGUACAAAAACCUGUCAAGUGUCGGUUGUGAAGACCUCACUCCACUCAAGAAAGAAGAUUGCUGUUUAGAGGGAUCCCCUGUUACCCUGUCUUACAACUACUCCAGAACAGCUACUGCUGGAGAUGAAUUCUAUUGGUAUCACCAAGACAGGAAAAAGGCUCCUCAGUUUCUACUCUAUAAAGGUGCCAGAUCAAGUACCAGUGAAUAUAUUCCUGAUAAGAGAUACACAUCCAAAACGUCUCAGAAAUCAACUGAACUGAUCAUACAACAUCUAACCCUGGCAGACACAGCUCUCUACUACUGUGCUCUUGACUCAACACAGUCUAGCAAGAUGAUACUCUACUCAUGUGUUCUAUUUUCAGCUUUUUUAGGAAACAGUUUUGGUUAUUCAAUAAACCCUGCUACUACUGAAGAGCUUGUUCAGGAGGAAAAUUAUGUAAAUCUCUCCUGCAAAUAUGAUGGCAAUGUCUACAAUCUACAGUCGUACCGCCAAUAUCACAGAUCCAAACCAGAAUUCCUCCUGUACAUCACACCAGAGGGGUUAGUAAUUACAGCUACUCCCCCACAUCCUCGUCUGACAGUUUCCAUUGACAAAGUGGAAAAACGUGUGGAUCUGAAAAUCUCCUCUGCUGUAGUGACAGACUCUGCUCUGUACUACUGUGCCCUGAUGCCCACAGUGACAGGAAACACAGAAAUACUGUACAAAAACAUGUCAAAUGCCAUGGAAAUGAACCAAUGAGAAUGGGAGGAGCUGCAUCAAAGCAAGAGAGGAGCAAAUAUUGAGAGAUAGCCAAGAUGAUGUUUCUGUAUGCAGUGCUGCUGCUCUGCACAUUUGUAGA